AUUUUACUGUUCUGUCAAAAGUUAGAAUUUCGCUUUAUUUUUGGUUGGUGGAUUUUCAAAUCUGUGGGUUCAUAAGUCUCCGGCGACGCCGGCAGAGGUGUCUGAGGAUCCAACUCAGAUUCCGGUGGCCCUCCAACUCCGGCGCUGGAGCGGCCAUGGCUAAUCACGUCGUUUAGGUUGUUGCGCCGAUCUCCCCCGGAAAAAAAAAAUACAGACUUGAUUUCGAUCUAAGAUUCUGAUUUCCUCGUGGGAAUUGUUUCCGAUCGGGGUGUGAGAAGGGACAAUGUCUAAGGUUGUCUACGAGGGAUGGAUGGUAAGGUACGGGAGGAGGAAGAUCGGACGAUCCUACAUCCAUAUGAGGUAUUUCGUGUUGGAACCUCGGCUUUUGGCUUAUUACAAGAAGAAACCGCAGGAUAAUCAGGUUCCUAUCAAGACCAUGGUCAUUGAUGGCAACUGCAGAGUAGAGGAUCGAGGCUUGAAGACUCAUCAUGGACAUAUGGUUUAUGUUCUGUCCGUCUAUAACAAAAAAGAGCACCACCAUAGAAUAACGAUGGCAGCAUUCAACAUCCAGGAAGCACUAAUGUGGAAGGAGAAAAUUGAGUCCGUUAUAGAUCAGCAUCAAGAUUCCCCACUUGCAAAUGGUCAGCAAUAUGUUUCUUUUGAAUAUAAAUCUGGAAUGGGUAGCGCAAGAACUGCUUCAUCGUCAGACCACGAAAGCCAGUUUAGUGCGCUGGAGGAUGCAGAUGAUUCUCGUAAUAAUUUAUUAAGGAGGACAACGAUUGGAAAUGGGCCACCUGAACAAAUUCUUGACUGGACUAAGGAGUUUGAAGCAGAGUUUUCAAACCAGAAUACCAAUAACCAAGCAUUUUCCAGAAAACACUGGCGCCUCCUUCAAUGCCAAAAUGGGCUUCGGAUAUUUGAAGAACUUCUUGAAGUUGAUUACCUUCCAAGAAGCUGCAGCAGAGCAAUGAAGGCUGUCGGUGUAGUGGAGGCCACAUGUGAGGAGAUAUUUGAGCUUGUCAUGAGCAUGGAUGGAACUCGUUAUGAGUGGGACUGCAGCUUUCAGUAUGGGAGCUUAGUGGAAGAGGUGGAUGGUCAUACAGCAGUACUCUACCAUAGACUUCAGCUUGACUGGUUUCCAGUGGCUGUGUGGCCUCGUGAUCUCUGUUAUGUUCGUUAUUGGCGUCGUAAUGAUGAUGGGAGCUACGUGGUAUUGUUUCGUUCUAGGGAGCAUGAGAAUUGUGGUUCACAACCUGGAUAUGUCCGGGCACAUCUUGAGAGUGGAGGAUUUAAUAUUGCCCCACUGAAGCCUCGAAACGGGCGGCCCAGAACACAGGUGCAACAUCUAAUGCAGCUUGAUUUAAAAGGAUGGGGUGUGGGUUAUCUUCCAGCGUUUCAACAGCAUUGUCUUCUGCAAAUGCUGAAUAGUGUUGCUGGAUUACGUGAGUGGUUUGCACAGACAGAUGAUAGAGGUGUUCCUCCCAGAAUUCCUGUCAUGGUUAAUAUGGCAUCGUCUUCCUUGGGUUUGAGCAAAAGUGGAAAGCCUCAGCAUUUGCCUGCCCUUUCUGCUGACCAAGCAAAUGCUGCCAGCAGAAACUCUGUGCUAAUGGAUGAAGACUCUGACGAUGAUGAUGAAUUUCAGAUAGCUGAAUCAGAACAAGAGCCUGAAACAAAUAAGCCUGAGAACGAUGUCAAGAGAACAGAAGAAUCUGCUCACGACAUCGAUCUAUCUUGCUUCUCGGGUAACUUACGACGCGAUGAUCAUGAGAACGCUCGUAACUGCUGGAGAAAUUCAGAUGGUAAUAACUUCAAAGUUCGAGGCAAGAGUUUCUGUAAUGACAAAGGAAAAGUUCCUGCUGGGAAGCAUCUAAUGGAUCUAGUCGCUGUCGAUUGGUUCAAAGAUACUAAGAGAAUGGAUCAUGUGGUCAGACGCAAGGGCUGUGCAGCACAAGUUGCUGCAGAGAAGGGGUUAUUCUCAUUGGUGGUAAAUGUUCAAGUUCCGGGAUCAACACACUACAGUAUGGUAUUUUAUUUUGUGACGAAGGAUCUCGUACCUGGAUCCCUCUUGCAACGAUUUGUUGAUGGCGACGAUGAAUUUCGGAAUAGUCGUCUGAAGCUUAUACCUUUAGUUCCUAAGGGAUCAUGGAUAGUACGGCAAAGCGUGGGAAGCACACCAUGUCUUCUGGGGAAAGCAGUGGAUUGCAACUACAUCCGCGGUCCUACCUACUUAGAAAUCGACGUGGAUAUUGGUUCAUCGACCGUCGCGAAUGGAGUCCUGGGACUCGUCAUUGGAGUAAUCACAUCAUUAGUUGUUGAAAUGGCUUUCCUUGUACAGGCAAAUACACCAGAGGAAUUGCCGGAGCGGCUUAUUGGUGCGGUUAGGGUCUCUCACAUAGAGCUCUCCUCGGCCAUAGUCCCUAAGCUGGAGUCAGACUAAGGUCCUGAACCCUAAACAUUAUUCUCAUUGGAGCUUCUUAUUUGGUGUGCAUUGCCUAUAUGAAAUACGCACUCCCUCAUUCUUCCUCUCAUUGCUUUCUUCUUUACUUGUGUUGCGUUUCAGCACAUACAUCGUUUUAAAGGCCAUCAUAGGAGUAAGAAAGAAAAAGCAAAUAGUUGUUAUCAUUAUUUAUCACAUUAAUUUUUCUUGUCACAUCCUAAUAUUAUGGGAAUGGAAUGUUAUAUUAUUGGGCUGAGAUUGGCCCAUUGUAUAGACCCAAUGGGCUUUUGCGUACCCGAUUGAUGAUUAGUAUUUUAUCGGCUCCAUAA